AUGAGCUCUUUACAAGUUCUUAACAUAUCCAGCACAAUUUUCCGCUAUUCUGGCCUUGUCGGAAAUCUCAUAGCUAUCUCUUCAGCAGCUCAAGUUCCGCCAGGAAGUCCUCCCUUGCGGUAUAUAUAUGAUCAACUCAAUGCGAUCCAGUCGGAGUUGAUAGAUGGCCUCUUUUCCUUGCAGAAGGAAAAACUCCCAUCGGAUGACGAAAACUUUACUAACAUACUGAAUUGUGCGAGAGCGUGUGUAAGGGACUGUAACACUCUUCUUAAGGCUGCCAAGACAAAUCUCGAGAGAGAGACUCAAGAUGGGCAAGGGGGACAGUUCUUGCGUUUAGUUGAUCAGCUAUUCGUGCCUCCAUAUUUUAGGAGUCUCCAAGGCGCGGUCGAUGAGUACACUCGACCAAGUACUCACCACUCGGCGAACAACAUCAUAUGCCAUUUGCACAACCAAUUGGAAGCCAUUGAAACCCGUUUCAAUAUUUCUCUAGGAUGCGAGGCUUUCGAAGAGCUCCAAAGGUCUACAGCCCUUGUUGAUGCUCAACUCGGCCAAAUUUCUUACGGAACAGAGGCUUGGGACGAAAUAUGUGACAGACUGCAACACAUAUUAUCCAACCUUCACCACCUACAGAUGGCACUCCCAAUGUUAUGCGCCCUCAACCAUAGCGAGAGAUCACUUCGCCGGAGUAGGAUCUCGACAGCUCUUGAGGGAACGUUCUCCUGGGUCUUCCAAGAACAAAUAGACGACACCAUCCUUGCUCAUUCUUGGUUGCGUCGCUGGCUCACUUCAGAUCACAGCCUUUUCUGGGUCACAGGAAAACCGUGUUCAGGGAAAUCGACAUUGAUGAAAUUUGUUUCCGAGCAUCAUGAUACCCGAGAUUUACUACAGGAAUGGGCUAGGCAUAGGGAGCUAUUGAUCGUCAAUCACCACUUUGAUGCCACGGGUCUACCAAUCCAGAGAUCGUUUGAGGGACUCCUGAGAUCCCUCGUAUUUGGAAUUAUCAGUGCAAAGCCAAGUCUCUUGAAGAAUUCGCCGUCGAAUCUUGGCUCAGCAUCGAGCACCCUGCCAGCAACUUUCAAAUUAGGAGACAUAUUAAGCUCCAUAACAAGGAACGAAGUUCCAGUCAACAUUUGUUUCUUUAUCGAUGGGCUGGAUGAAUAUGAGGGAGAUCAUGCUAAGCUGUGUCAACUGAUAGAAGAUUUAUCAUCUCUCCCUCAUGUCAAGUUCAUUGUCUCUAGCAGACGAUUGGCUGUGUUUGAUACUUCACUCAAUAUUUCCUCUGAAGCCAAACUAUCUAUGGAAGAGGUCAAUUGGAGCGAUAUCAGCAGAUACAUCACUUUUCACUUGGAUGGAAGCCAGGUACAAAGCUAUAUGAACCAUUCGAAGUACAAGGAUAUCAGUGCUAAAGCAGAGGGAGACUUCCUCUGGGCUGUUUUAGUAACUCGUUUUCUCCUUGAGGCUCCGCCUCUCGUGCUUGAUGCCUACAACGGAGCAGACAGUGUUGCAGGCAUCCCCAACAACCUACCAGGCCUAGCAAAGAUUGUGACAGAAUCUUUAUCUUGUGGAAAAGCUGCUGAGUACCUGACAAUGGCUCACGAAGCAAAACGGUACCUAGCUGCCGAAAUCCUCUACUUUCACAACUUCGACUUUGCCAAUGAUAUGUACGCUUUCAUGACACCAAAGGAACUUUUAUCAACACGCGACGAGAAAACAAAAGAACUGCAUCACCAGAUUUAUCGUGACAUCAUACAGACGUGUGGAGGGCUGCUGGAAGUUGUCGAUGGACAAGUUGUCUUCGUGCAUCGAGCUGUUUUGGAAUUGAUGCAUUCUGAAGAGUUUCACAACUACUUACUUACCAAAGCUCGGAAAGGGUUCGAUUCUGAACUCUCGGUCUUCAAAGCAUCAGUUUCUUGGUUCAAGCGCAAAUGUUUCAGGAGCGGCCAAUUCGUCGACUUACAGCCCGAGCCGGCAGCGGUCAGUCUAGCAUAUGUCAAGAGUCUUUCAAAGUUCCAUAGGAGAUUAGGAAGUACCUUGCCCGAUUUUCAGGAUACAUUUAAUCAGCCAGUCAACGUUUACUGGAUGACAAAGGCCGUCAACAUCCGAGGAGGCUUUCACAACGUAUGCAAGCACGAAAGAUGGCUGGAUGUUGUCAAAGACUUGGGAUAUAGCGACGACACUGCACUAUCAGUUUCAGAUCCACUGAAGAAGCUGUAUAAGCGAUGGCUUCAUCCGUACGAAGAGCAUCUGCACCAAAAGAAGCUAGAAGAACACGACCCUAUGAAAGAUAUUGAAGACCUUGUUGAGAGCUUGAGGAAAUGCCUUGAAUAUGCACGACGUUGCGAUCAGAAGGAAAAUAUUGCUGCCACAACUUGGGCACUCCUUGACAAUAUUGAAGAAACCCUGUUGUCGAUGACUGCGAGGAAUCAAUUCAACAUAUCAGAUUUGUCUAUGACAAGGGGCAUUUAUCGUCAUCUUGUGAUUGAAUCUGGUAUCCAGAGAUACAUCGCGAACAAACUCUGGGUUGAUCCAGGAUAUUUCGACAACAAAUAUUCACAGAACUACCGGUCAGCUCUUUGUUCUGCGCUUGGAGCAGUACCACAUAGUCUUCAUCCCCCGCAUCUCAGUCCAGAGUCUGUCGAUAUAUCGCUCUUUAAAUCACUUCUUGCUCUUGGGUAUAAGCCAAACAAGUUUCACCAUGCAGGGGAGACACCUUGGGUGUCCUUUGUGAAUACCUAUGUUCCUAACACAUUGUCCAAUUCACCCCCGAGGCUCGACAAGAUAAACAUCAAUCUGAUAAAUGAGAUAUCCAUUCUCAUGCUUGAGCAUGGGGCCAGGCCAGGAGACUAUGCCGAACUGCUGGACGAGAAAUUGAGAACGUGGAAAGUUCCAAUUUGGUUCAAGUUUCUCAUGCUGGCCCAUUGGGUACCGACUUUUCAACAGGCCAUGUUCGAACGUGUUUUCAGUAUGAUGUUCGAGAGGGCCCCAGAUAUCCCUGAUUCCAGAGCUUUACUGGAACUCAAAUCCGAUGGCGAAACAUAUGAAUGGAUUCCUUUUCCAUUAUGGGCAAUAUGUGCUGACAAUUUUGCACUGCCUAACGUGUCCGAUUCUAGCCCGUCUAAUGCUGAUUUUGUAUUCAGGGUAUUUGCAGGAGUUUGCGAAAAGAAUCUGAAUAACUUGGAAAUGUCUGAAAGGUCUCGAAAAUACCUCGCGAGCUACUUCCUUCCAGAUUACCCGGAGCUUAGUAGACAAAUAUUGAUGCUCAAUCCCGGAAGCGACUCCAGGACGAUAGGUUUCACAACAAUCACCUCGGUCACGCGGGACGGAAAUACAGAGAGCAUUGAGGGUCUAAAUUCUACGGCUGUGACUUCAAUUGAGCUUCCAGAAGGUAUAGAGGUUGAAUCUCCUAAAGACGGUGCAGUGUGCAAUAGCGCGAGAGCAGAGUCGGAUGCAUUCAUUGAUGAAGUUGGCUCAAUUCAGUCGAUUGACGAGGACAUUCAGUCAAACAACAGCAGCAUUGUACGGACUCUAGGCACCAUCGCGGCUGAGAGCCAAAUUGGCGACUUGCUUUCCCAGCAUCCGGAUCUCCGCUUUAUCAUUGAUAUAUCCUCAGAACUCAUGCCAAAGGAGAGGCUCGAGCGCAACAUUCGGAGAUCACUCAAGCUUUUGUAUCUUAAACUCAGAGAGCACGCGGAAAAGCACAUCGAAAUCCAGGUUUUGACAACUCGAAUGCUUAAGGGGCGAGGUUCAAGGACUAGAAUCUCAAAAAGAACUGUCGAUGGCGAGUUAGCAUCCCCACCUCCAGUGAAUAGCAAUGAAGAAGAAGAAGAAAUACGCCCAAGCUUUCGGAAGGAUCGAGCUUAUCUAAACAAUUGGAUAUUAAAGACGGAACUGGCUGCAAGACCAGAUGAGAAGCCUCAGCAGCCAUCAGAUGAGACUGAACAUACUAAGCUGGCGGAAAGCGACGACGAUAUUAGCGAAGAAAUACAGAGUGAUUCUGAAGAAUUUCAAGCAGUUCAGGUCGCAGAAGAAUUUCUCAUGAAGGGUCCUCCUUUCCAGGCGUUCUUGGAACACCUUGGACUCUCAUUGUUACCUGAUGCUCUCAAGCAGGUCAUGCAAUUAGCUGCGUGGGAUACCAUUGAGCUGAUUGAUACUCCGGCAGAAGUCUCACUUUCUGAUCAAAUCAAGACUUCUGUGGAAAAGCUGACCGGCAGCCUCUGGGAUUGGUGGCCACUCAGACCGCCGAAGGUACCUUUGCGAAGGGGAUACGUACGAAUGAACUGGGUUUGUCAUUGCGGCAAGCCGUUUUGGGUAGACAUUACUCACUCUCAAGCACGAAUUAUUAAGAGAAUGACCAAGAACCCUACCAUGUUUGCUGAAGACCACCACAAAGUCACCCAUACCAAGCGUAAUGCCUUCCAAAGGGUCACAGCAUGGUUCAAAUGGAACUCUGGAGCCAUUUUACCUGUCUCGACGCCAAUAUCCCAAGGUAGUCAACAGUCGUCUGGUGUGGGUGGCAACAACCGAGUUCAACAGGGGGUGGCUACUGCGGAGCAGAACAACAUCCCGCCUGUGACUAUUGAUGAUCUGAGGAUCUUAUUUGGAGUACCCAUGGGACUUAAGACGCUACAUGUGAUCCCAAUCCCGGUCAACCAACCAGACAGCAACGUUUUCCCACAACUGAAGGCUGAGUAUAGAAGAAUGCGUGGCCGAUGGAGAGCUUGGUUCUCUUUCUGGCAGCUCAGUCACUGCAAUUUCGUCAAGUUUGAGAGCAUUGCCCGCAACAUUGUUGUCGCGUGUGGUCAAGAUCUGCCAAAGGCUAGCGACUUGGACUACGAUUACAUGCCAAAACCACCUCAAGCAUCAAUACCACCUGUUCAUCCACAUAUCUUUGAAGCUGCAUUCAACAGCUGCACUGGUGGCAAAUGCCGAAACCCCUCUCCUUUUCACAACUGCUAUGAGUUUGAAGAAACGACUUACAUAAAGAGGAUUCCGAAGAAGAAGACGCCACUUUCACCAGGAACCAUUGAUAUUCCUAUCUGGGGUCUCGAAGCCCGGCAUUGCAUCUCGUGCUUUCAUGUUAUUGUAUACCACUUGCUUAUUCUCAUUCCUCCCUUUGUGCUGUGGGGAUGGUGGAUGAGUAGGCAUCCUGAUGACAUACAGAGCGCAUCUGUUCCCAUGACUAUUGUUUUGGCAAUGAUUUCUAUGUUUUGGAGUGCUACAGGAAUUAUGAAGCAAUUUCGUGGCGAGCCAUAG